AUGAGCGCCCACUCCUCUCGAGGGAAGGCCUUCGGGCUCUUCGUCGUGGUUUCAGCUGCUCUUGUUCUAUCCGGCGCCGUUUUACUCAUGUGCACGGGGCUCCGCCACCCAGAGAAGUGGCGCUCGGUGGCGGGGAACAUUUGCUCGCCCAAGUUGGGCCAAGUUCGGCUAGAGCUCACCGUCGAGCCCGGUGAGCCUGAUACGUGGUUCAGCUGUGGCGCGAACCCACCCGCGGUGCUUCAGCCGUCGCAGCAAGGCAUGGUGUUCGAAGGCACCUCUUGCCAAACGACGAGAAGCUUGUCAAGUGUUUCCGCUGGAGCAAAACUGCAUACAAAAGUUGACGGCGGGCAAACGUGGUACAGGCUCGACAUCCCUUCAAAGGAAAGAAAGAACCGAGUUCUUUGCUAUACUUGUAAACAGGCACUUCCUCAUGAACCAAAAAACAGAGGAGAUGGAGCCCUUCAGAUCGGGGAGCCUGUCUUCGGUCGCACGUGUACAGUGCGCAUCACGCUCGAAGCGAGCACGAACCGCCAGCUGCAGUAUAAAGCGGAGGAAGACCACGAACGGACAGCGAAGAACGAACGAACUGACUUCCAAAGUGCGCACCACGAUCCAGAGGACACCCCGUUGACUACAGUCGCCUCCCGAGCACAACCUCGUCGUGGGGAAAACCAAGAGGAAGGGCAAGGAGAGGCUGCUGCCAAGAGGAAUGAACAAACUGGCGAGGAGGCUGCUCCUCAGAGGAAUGAACAAACUGGCGAGGAGGCUGCUCCCCAGAGGAAUGAACAAACUGGCGAGGAGGCUGCUACAAAGAGGAAUGAACAAACUGGCGAGGAGGCUGCUACAAAGAGGAAUGAACAAACUGGCGAGGAGGCUGCUCCCCAGAGGAAUGACCAAACUGGCGAGGAGGCUGCUCCCCAGAGGAAUGACCAAACUGGCGAGGAGGCUGCUACAAAGAGGAAUGGACAAACUGGCGAAAAGGCGGCAUCGAACGAUGAUCUGAAAGUUACAGUUUGUUCCCAGGGAACUGUACCGGUGACUGUCGCUCAAGGCGCCCCUCUAGCGUUUCAGUGCGCAGCUGGGAUGCUUCUGGAACCGAAGGGGGGGCAAGAGGCCUUCGACGGAGACUGUAACAACCACGCCCCCCUCACGAGCUUCGUCGAUGCUUCAUUGGAGACACAAUCACUGACGACACAGAAUGACGCGCAGACCACGUACAAGCUCAGAGUGACUAACAGCCCGGUCACCCCUGUGUCCAUCUGUUACAAAUGCGUCUACCGCGUCGACGCCGCAGAAUAUGUGAGCGAGCAGUGCCACCUCAAAAUUUCUGUAAUCCCAACAGCGCAUGCCGAUGCCCCGGCUAGAGGCAUGACGUUAGUAUCUAUAGGUCUGCUUGGGUUGAUCUGGCUCAGUUCUAUGUAA